UUUAACUUAAAAAAAAAUAAACUACAUAUACAGAAAGUAACGAUAACCUAUAAUUUGAUUUUGUUUAUAUAAUUCUUUAUUUAAUGUUUGCAAUUUUUGUUGCUUAGGCUAGGGAUGUUGUAAACAAAAAUAUCUGAAACGGGAUAUAAUGUAAUUGCUAGUUUGCAUUUUUAUUUUACGUUCAGUGUAUCGUUACAUUGCUUUGCAAAAUCUUGUUUUUGCCGUUUACAGCAAUGGAUGACCAAGUUUGUCCUCGAUGCAAAACCACAAAGUACAGGAAUCCUUCGCUGAAGCUGAUGGUGAAUGUCUGUGGUCACGCUCUGUGCGACAGUUGCGUGGAUCUGCUCUUCUUGAAAGGCUCAGGAUCCUGUCCGGAAUGUAGAAUUCCUCUUCGAAGAAACAAUUUCCGCGUUCAACUUUUCGAGGAUUCUAUGGUGGAAAAGGAAGUGGAUAUUCGGAAAAGAGUUUUGAGAGACUUCAACAAGAAAGAGGAAGACUUUAGGACAUUGCGUGAAUUUAACGACUAUUUAGAAGAAGUGGAGACAAUCAUUUUUAAUUUGGUUCACGACGUCGACAUCAUCGCAACCAACAAAAAAAUCGAACAGUACAAGAAAGAUAACAGGGAGAUCAUCCUAAAAAACAAAACGAAGCUGGGCAGGGAGGAAAUGGAACUGGACGAACUGUUGGAAGAGGAGAAGCUCCAGGAGAAGAAACGCAAGCAAGAAAACAUAAACGAGGAGCUGGAGGAGAAGAAGAUAAAGAUGAGGAAAAAGGAAGAGCUGAUAGACGAGCUUAUGUUCUCCAACGCGGACGCGAAGAACAUCUUGGAGAGCUUCGUCCAGCAGGCGGACACUGUCAAGGAGGAGAAGAAGCCGGCGGCGAGGGCCAGCCACUUCUCCACGGGGGUGAAGUUCGGCAGCCAGUCGCAGCAGAGCAUCGUGCCCUUGACCAAGGUCGAGGAGGGAGCGCCCUUCGUGUACCAGGAGCCGGUGCUGGAGGUGGACGGCCCGUUGCCGCCCGGCCCGGACGCCGUGGAGGGUCGGGGCUUCGUCGCCAACAUCAGGGCUGAGACGGAGCAGGAGCGGGCCGGCGGGUUCCGGUCGAACAUUGCGUGCUUGAGGGCGCUGCAGGAGGCGUUCAUGGGGCUGUACCACGUGUCGCACCGGACGCAGCUGCCGGUGUCGUGAGGUCCCGCGUCUUGCCGUCACCUCCAUUCAUUCAUUCUCGUCGUUAUUCUCAAGAUUUGUUUUUUUUUUUUUUUGUAAUCAGAGAAGCAUAUGAACAGCAUUCGUGACCAGUUCUGGUGAAAACAUCUCUCUAACUCACGUGGCCCAGUUAUUAUUUGUGUCGGAAUCAUUUCUCGGACACACGUUAAGGGCUGUAUUCUUGAAAGUUCUCAUUCAAAGCUGGAACUGUGAUGAAAGCUUUGCAGCAAGCAUGAGACUGUCUGACAUUGCAAUCCAGCAUAAUCAAUACCAAAAUAUUUCUAGUUUCAAGUCUGUUGCAAUGGUAUGCUUGUGUUGUCUUAGUAAGCAAUGAGUCUGUUAUUUUUCCCCAAUAAAACAUAAGCAUGGAA